AUGGCUGACAGUUCUACCAAUAUGCAGGAGAGCAGUGUUGCUGCCAGGGUAUCUCCAGUUUCCGAGAGAUCUGCGAUCUCGACAAUCAAGCGCCAGCUGGAUGGCGGUGGUGACACAAUAACUCUUUCGAGAGACGAGGCUCUGGCUUUAGUCCAGAGGCAAGCCAGGCCCGACGCCGAGAUGGUGCAAAAACUGGAAGAGGCCAGCAGUGAACUGUGUGAGGUUGAGUAUAAGUCCCAACUUGGAGACUAUGCCGGGAGGGUUGUUGACUGGGUUAUGAAGUCGACAGCCAAGAAAAAUGAUCUACCAUCAACGGUCUCAAAGCUGAAGGAAGCGCUGAUGAAGGAGAUCUCCACAAAUCCCGAGAGGGAUGGCAAGGCCAACCGAGUCAAAAAGGACCAAGACCGUCUCCUCAGGCUUCUCCACAAUGAAGAGCGCCGCAGUCACGUAGAAUCAUGGCGAAAGAUCAUAGAUUUCUACCCCCAGAGCCAGGAACUCGCCUUUAUCGAUGAUACCCGGAGGAAACUCCGAGUUGCCCCCAUAGAGGAUGUUCGACAGCUUGCGUCGACCGAUCGGAUUACUGCCUUCGACAACGGGAAAUUCCGCCAAAAUCUCGUGCUGGAACCCGACGUCGCUAAAAUUCGACAGCGAACCAAUUCCGACCCGAUUUCAGAGAGCGUGCCGAUCAGGAAAAGGAGAACCUCUGGUUCUCUGGGUCCUGACAGCACCGAAAGCGCUGGCCACGGUCGCGGGAGGGCACGAAGGAAAUUGACCAAGAGCGAAGCGAAGUUCGUGAUGGAGUCGGAUACAUUAGUGAACCGAAUCCAUGAUUGGCACGACAAGAACCCGCGCCCGGCACUCAAGUGGGUACAGAAAGCCAACCGUCAGUUGGAGGAGGAUGGAAAGUAG